AUGAAGUCGAAGGAGGGCGAGGCUGUCGCGGUAGCGCGCGAUGUCAGUGGCGACGUCACGCUGUCCGGCCCAGGCUCAGCUGCGGAAGGCCAUGAGGUGGCCGACCACCAGCUCUUCGCAAAUACUGAUGAAGCCGCCGUGGAUCCGACUGGACCAGCUAUGAAGAAGCAACUGGAACAAAGUGUCGUGUUGCACAAGGAUGAAGAAGCUAUGUCUAAUGUAGAUACUAUCCGAACAGAGCUUCAAUUCGGACAGUCAGACACAUUGACGAUCAGAGAGCUCAAUGCCGAAUUGCAAAUGACGGCAGAUAAGGCAACACAGGAGGAAAUGAGAGUUUUGGUCUUGCAGGAAGAAAACCACCGUCUCAUGAACCAGAUUGCGGCUGUUUUGGAGGAUAAACAACAGUGGGAACGGCUUACACAACAACUCACAGAUGACAAUCACGCGCAACGUCUUAAAUUAAAGGAAUUAACACAGGAGCUUCAUAGUGCCAAACAGGAGCGUGAGGACAUCGAGCAGAUGUAUCUGGAAGUGUCUUCCAAUUUUGAGCAGGCGUUACGAAGCAAUAAUGAACUUGAGAAGGAGCGAAGCGUAGCUUUGUCUAAGAUUGACUCGGAAAGACGACUCAAAAUGUUUGAAAAAACUACCAGGCAAGAAAUGUUGCAGCUCAAUCAGCAGAUUCAGUCACUCAUUGCGUCCAAUGACAGGACUACAGCAGAUCUUGCCGAAACUACGGCGAUUCGGGAAAAAGUGCUUGAAAAAUUUGGUGUUGACCUUACGUACGAGAAUAUCGAGUCACUUCUUGACGUGAAAAACAAGGAAAUUCAGAUGCUCAUAGAGCAGCAGUCGGCUAUGGAAAUUUCCCAUGAACAAGCCAUUCGUGAGACCGUCAACGUUACCGUUGCUGAAGUUGAGCGGCACCAGCUUAGUUUCGAGACGAUUCCAUUGCAGUACGAUACUUUGGUAACCGAAAACAACGAGCAAAAUUACGCAGUGAAGGAUUUGUAUCUGAAGUUGGAACACUUUGCCAACGAGCACGCAAUCUUGCAGGAAAUGCAUCAGCGAAUGUGCAAAGAAAAGGAUGAGCAGAUUGAGCAGCUAAUUGGACAGCUUGAUGCUGCUCAGACUCAGACACAGCAGUUUGAUAAAGACUUUCUUACGAUCAAAAUUAAAAUUGAAGGGUUGAAUGAAGCGCUACAGAUAGGAAACCCGCCAUAUACCGAGUUCAAUACUAAGCUUACAAUACUAGACGAGCUUGAGGCGCAUCUAGACCACAUCGAAAAACAGCUCGUAGGCUCCACAAAAUCACUUCUGAUUCAUCCUCAAAGUGAAUCAAAGACUCUCCAAGUACGUAUCAAAAAGUGCGAGGAAGAAAAACAGCAGCUGAUCGUAAAACUUGAAGAGUGUGAAGCUGCUUUAAAGGCUCGUGCAAGCGAAUUUGACUUGCUCAUAGCGCGGGGGCGAGCUGAUAGUCCUGGUGAUGACAAGUGUACAUUUUUGCACGACAAAAAUGCAUCCGUUGAAACUUCAGAUAGCUCUACUGGAACCUUGUGCAGUUUUGAGCGAGAUUUGGAAGUCAUGAAGGCUCAGCUGCAUUCAUGUCACGCACAGAUGACUGCAUAUAAAGCUGAAAACAUUCGAAUGAUUUUUGAAAUGGCAAAAACAGCUGAUAACGCCUCGAAGUUUAAGCAAAAUUAUGAGGAUUUACAAAAGACGCUCGCAAUGAAAUCCUUGAAGCUAGAUUCGACGUUGGAGCAACUGAAGGUUUUAAAAUCUGCAAAUAAGACGCUAGAGUCAGAUGUUUUAAGGAUAUACGAGGAGAUGCGUUGCGGCUCCGAAGCGUUUGCAAUGCAAAGUGAGGAAUUCGAGUCCGUGACUGCUAGAUUGAGUCUUGCUUUAACAAAAACUGAAAAGAAAAGCCAAAAGCUAAAACGCGACUUAGAGGAUAUGAAGACUGAAAAUAACGUUUUGGAGGAGCGAAUUGCUGAACUAGUCGUGGUAGACUCUAACUUUGAAGGAGAUGACGAACAAAAAAUGGACCAUGAGGUUCAAAAACUGCGUUCGUCACUAGUUCAAGCUAAAGUCAGGUAUUUGGAACAAAAGUCGCAGCUUACUGCUCUAGAAAAGAAAUUGGUGCAGGUCUCGAGGCCAAGUGGUCCUGCGCUUACAACUAGUAGUGUUUCAUUGGAUGCAGAGCGACGGGAAUUCGAAGCAGCCUUGAUCGAGAUGAUUGAGAUGGAGAAAAAACUUCAGUUAGCUUACGAGGCAAAGCAAGGCCUGGAGUUGACACUUCAGGAGCGGAUGGAGGCAAAGAAAGAUCUAGAAGGUCGGCUUUUAAUUGCAGAAGACAAGAUAGUCGAGUUGGAGCAACAGCUAGAGCAGAAAUCUGCUUUUAUCGCUACAAUUAAAGAGCAGCUGCAAAAGGUGGAAAAUGAGCGUGAAAAAUUGAUAGAAGACUUUGCCAGGACUAAUUCGAAGCUGGAACGCAGUAACGGCAGGCUAGAGGAGAAAGUGAUCGAAUUUGAGACAUUAAAAACAACGACUGCUAUGCUGAAGGAUGAGCGCAGUCGUCUCUUCAGUGAGAUCGCACUGCUGAAAGAAAAUAUUUUCAAAUUUGAAGCACACAAAGUGGAAAUAAGAGACUCUCAAGAGCUUGAGAAUGAAGAGCUGGUGGAGCAGCUAAACGAGCUUGCUGAUAAAAUUGCUGAGAUUGAGUCAGAAAAGCAGGAACUUUGUGCUAGACUUGAACAAACAGUUCAGCGAUCUGAAGAAGAUAUUCACCAAUUAAGAGAACGGCUGUACAUGCUUGAGGAGGAAAAAUCAGGACUUGACGAAGAAAAUUACCAACUUGAGAGGACUGUUGAUCAGUUAGGAUCUGAAUUGAUUUUGCUCAAAGAGCAGAAGGUGGGCCUUGAAGUAGCAAACACGUUGAUCUCUCAGCAGUUAAAUCUUUUGGAGCAACAUAUGGAGAAUGCAACAGGUGACAUCGCCAGUUUAUCAGCCGAAAAGAGAAAAUUUAUUGAGCUACAACAAUCACUUGAGGCGCGAGUGUCUGCUUUUGAGGCUGAAAAGAUUGAGCGUGAGCACGAUUUCGAUAUAACGACGGCCAGAUUGCACGAGGAAUUGGCUCAGGCCUCGAAUAACGUCAAAGCUCUGCAGUUUCAGCUUGUUCAAAGUGUUGCAGAGAAUGAAAAGAUCACGGCGUCCCUUUUGGAAUAUCAAAGAAAUGCUCAGGACGACAAAUUGGCGAGUAAAAAUAUCGCCAUGAAACUGGAAAAGCAAGUAGCAGAGAACCACGAUCUAAAGAAAAAAGUUGUAGCAUUAAAACAAAUGGCAGAAAAGGCAUUGCAUUCGCUACAAGCUAAAUGUGAGGAGCUAUCUGAAGCGGAAUCCCGUGUUGCUGUGCUGAUUGAAGAUUGUGAUGUGACCAAACUAUCGCUGUCGGAAAAGCAGUCGGCGUAUGAUAAGCUUGCUCUUCACUGUGAAAUUUCCAUGCAACAGAUUGACAAGCUAUCCGGUGAACUAAGUGAUUGGCAGACGAGGUAUACUGAAGAAGCUCGCGUAGCUGAGGAGGUUAUUUGCGCUUUGAAGAAAAACGAAAGCACAUUAGAGGGGUCGCUGGCAUCUGUUCAACAAGACUUGGCAAAAGCAGUGGAAGAACGAGAUGCGGCAUUGAAGGAUGUCACCGCGAAGGAUCUAAAAAUCGAGAUUUUGAAGUCUCAGCAAAGCGAACUCGAACGUGCGACUCAUAGGCUUGAUAGUGAGUCAAAAAGGCUACAGUCGAAGAUUGUCUUUGAUGCAAAAGCCACGGACGAUAUGAUUUGUCGGUUUGAAAAAUCAAACUUGGAAGCAGACCAAACUAUCCGCAACCUGUCGGAUUUAUACGAACAAGCCCAAGUGUCCUAUCAGGCAAUUCAAGAUCAGCUAGUCGACUCAGAAACGCGAUUUUCUGUUCUUAAAGAGGAACGUGAUACCUUAAGAACGUAUCUGGAUGAGAAGGAGUCAAAUCACGACAUGCUCAGUGCCCAAAAGAUAGAUUUGCAAAAGAAAAUUAGUGUUUUAAAAACGGAACUGGAAAACGUUCGCAAAACGAGUUUAACCGAGCUGAAUGCUGCGAAAGAGACCAUUGCAAGCCUAAAAGCUGCCCAAGCUGAAGAAGCAAGGUUUACUGCGUCAGUUCAAGAGGAAUUAUCACAGGCUGAAGGAUGUGUAAUAGUUCUUGUUGAGGAGCGAGAUGCUGCGAAAAAGUUACUAAGCAAAAGAGAAUUCGCCCUAGAAGUUCUCAGCUCUGAGCAUGGCGAGCUACAAUUGAAGCAUCAAUCGGUUACCACUGAACUGGAAACUUUGAAACGCAAAAUUGCAGCGGAUGCCAAAGUUGUAGAGGCGACGGUCAAUAAGUCGAAAAAAGAAGUGACAGAGGCAACAAAUUCCUUAAAAGCAGUGCAAGCCGAGCUAAUAAAAGCCGAGUCCCGAGUGAUUUCCCUAGCUGCAGAAUGCGAAACAGUAGGAAAAGCGUUUGACGAGCUGGAGACAAAGCACGAGUCACUGAGCUCUGUUAAUGAAAACCUGACUGUGCAGCUUGAGAGCUUACAAGUUUCUAUGGGGAAUUUGCGCAGACAACAUUUGGUUGAGCUUGAGGCCGCACAAGAGAAGAUCCGUGACAUGGAAAUGGUGGAUGCAACGAAGACCAAAACGCACGAAUUAGCUCGUCUACAGCUAUUAGACGAGAAUUCGCGGGUCGUCUUCUUGACUGCAGAACUUAGCGACAAGGAAACUACUGCAAAAAUGCUAAAGCUUCAAGUUGAAGAGCUGCAUAUGCGCAUCCAGUCACUAGAGAGUGAGUUGGAGGAGCUGCAACACCAGCGUGAAGCGGAGACUGAGGCGGCAGAGAAGACCAUUUGCAGCUUAAAGGCUUCAGAAUCACAGUCCAGUGAGGAACUCGAGUCAAUACGUCAGGAGGUUGCUGAGCUGGAGGCGCGUCUUGUGUCUACAGAGAAGGAGCGUGAGAUUGUCAGCAUGACUUUGAGCGAAAUGGAGUCUCAGUGCAAUGCUCAAAGCACAGAAAUGUUAUCCAUGCAGACACGUAUCCAGUCACUUGAGAGUGAGUUAGAGGAGCUGCUACACCAGCGUGAAGCGGAGACUGAGACGGCAGAAAAGACUAUUUGCAGCUUGAAAGCUUUGGAAUCACAGUCCAGUGAGGCACUCGAGGCAAUACGUCAGGAGUUUGCUGAGCUGGAGGCGCGUCUUGUGACUACAGAGAAGGAGCGUGAGACCAUGUUUAGGAUAAAGUCGGACUUGAAGAGCUACGACUACGACGUCAAGGAUAUCAUCAUGAGGCAGGUGAUGCUGGACAGUCUUCCUGACCUGUAUGAGUAUGAGCAGGUGCGCGGAGCAGUGAAGUAUGGGCGUUCUGCGGAGAUGACCCCGGAUGGACUCCGGGCGUUGAUUGAACAAGCGGCUGUGAAACAGUCACUUCGCGGCAAGGAAAUCGCACCACUAAUACAGGUAGUGGCCAACGGCUGCAGCAAGGAGACAGCACAGGUGCUCGCCAUCAACAACAAGAUGGGCAAAAUGGGAGCAAGAAAAAUCAGCACGGUGAUGGCCAGCGAAAACCGAAGCGUGACAGGAAGAACAAAAUUUGUCACCGGUGCAAUGAGAUCGGUCACUUCCAGGCUGACUGUACAGCUAUUAUCGAUGAUGUUGCUGGGCCUGGUGUGGCUAUCCGCCAGUGGUGGCAACUCUGGGACGAACGCUGAAACGCAACGGCGUCAGCAGCGCUCCAACUACACGAGUCGCGGCGGCGAAGUCCGGGCGGACAGGCGUGGAGUUGUUGAAGAUGAGCAAGGUGUGGCUGCUGUUGUUGCGAUGGUCAGUCCGAUGCUGGCCGUUCCGGACACGAAGAGCGAGGAUGACAAUAUGGCCAAGUCGCUACCAGGAGGUGGUGUUUCGACACAGGUUCCAAUGUGCACUUGA